AUGAGUCCUGAAGCGCAAAGACAAAGCCGAAAGGCAGCAAGAGGGGAAGGUUCCGGCAGGUCCAGCAACCGAACCACCGCUCCGCCUGGAAACAAUGAUGCAGUCCAGCGAAAGUUGGCGGCUGCAGGCUUGGCAAAUGAAGAAGCGGGAACAAAAGAGAAGCAAUCAAAAUCUGUGGAACUCAAUACCAAUGAAGACGGCGAAGUAUUGCUGGAAGCUAUGGCUGUGGAAGCGAUGGAAGAAAAACCCCCAGUUCAGCGAGAGGUUGACAGCGGAGGUGCGACGGACGCUCCCUCACCCCAAGAGCCACUACCUGAGCAGAAGAAACGUCCUGUUGGCAUGAUUAUCCUUGUUGUGCUCCUUUUGGGUGCUUGUGGUGGUGCUGGAGCUUACUUUGGUACUCGUGGGACCUCUGAAGCAGCAGCGGUGGCGACGGAUUCUACUACGCCGAUUCCUACUUCUUCUAUCAAUGUCACUUCCUCCCCGAGUACCAUCGCGCCAACUGCUCCACCAACAAAGGCUCUCAACGCCUCUGUGACAGAAAUCAGGUUGGCAGACGAGACACCGGCUCCAAGUGAUAAUCCCACGGAUGCUCUCAGUGCUCAGCCUUCUCUGGCUCCAAGUCUUAUAGCAUUGGAAAAGCCAACGAGUGCACCUGUCAUUGAAGAUAUUGUCACCAUCACCAAGGAACCAACAACCCUUCCUUCCGUCACUCCAACAUUGACCACGUCAGAAAAUCCAACUGUCGCUCCUGCCAUUGGUCCCACAACAGAGGAACCCACCAGGCUGCCAUCAAUUAUGCCGUCCAAGGCUCCUUCUGUUGCUCCCACGCCCCUUCCAACAGAAAGCCCAACAACAAAAGCGCCUACUCCUGAACCAAGUACCAUGCCGAGUUCCCGUCCAACUUUUGAGCUCAUGGAAGGGGACCAUUUGCAGAAUGAACACUAUGUGCACUACAUGCCUGAUGAUGGCAGUGAUGCGUAUCCGUAUAAUUCUCGAGAGGAAGCCCAAGAUGCCUGUGAAACCAGAGGGCUUACACUUUGCAGCCAAUCUGCUAUUACGAAUUUCCCUCUUUGUAAGAUUGGAUGGUUGACUGAUGAGCGAGGCCUCUGGUCGAUCGGAGAGGGUUGUGGAUUCGGGGGUUUCACAGAUGGCGGCUUUUUUGGAGUCUUUGGUGAAGGCGGGGCAUAUUGCUGUGGUCGACCAUUGUAUAUGCCAAAUGAUAUCCCAAGAGAGCAGUCGUACAUCUACUCUACAAGGGAAGAAGGUUUGGCUGCAUGUGAAACAAAAGGAUUGGGGCUCUGUAGUAAAGAGCAAAUCACAGGAUACGAAUUGUGCUCGUAUGGAUGGUUGACGGAUGAUGUCGGAUUGUGGAUGAGCGUUGGUGCACCUGGCUGUGGACCAGCCGGUUUUAGUGGGACGAUCUUUCCCAACAACGGGGCUUACUGUUGUGUGGAGCCAGCACCGACUCUUGCACCGUCUACUGUGCCAACGUCCACACCCUCGGCUAUACCAACUCCUCUGCCAACACCACCGCCAACACCACCACCCACUCCACUACCAAGUACCAUGCCGAGUUCCCGUCCAACUUUUGAGCUCAUGGAAGGGGACCAUUUGCAAAACGAGCACUACGUGUACUACAUGCCUGAUGAUGGCAGUGAUGCGUAUCCGUAUAAUUCUCGAGAGGAAGCCCAAGAUGCCUGUGAAACCAAAGGGCUUACACUUUGCAGCCAAUCUGCUAUCACGAAUUUCCCUCUUUGCUGUGGACCAGCCGGUUUUAGUGGGACGAUCUUUCCCAACAAUGGGGCAUACUGUUGUGCUGUUCCAUCUUAG